UUAUCAGCUCCAGUCGAACGAUCGCGGAUCGUAGGCAGAUGUCCGUUGCAACAUUUAAUUUUUUUUUUUUUCUUUCUGUAUUUUGAGCGUUUUGUUUUUUUGUUUUUUGUUUUUUGUUUUCUGGUUGUGUGGAUUUUGGUUGCAAGCAAACAGAAGCGCGAAAAGUGGCUGGAAAAUGCAGGAAAAUUGACGGAGCUCCGGAGCAUAUAAAAUGCCACCGAGUUUCGAGACCAAAUUAGUUGACUCGAAACAUUUCACCGCGUCGGUUUUGGAUUUCUCCUCCGAGAUACAUCUCCAAGAAAAAGUAUAGGCCACCAUGUUCAGCUAUCGCCUGGAAAUGUUGCUCCUGCUGGGUCUCCAGCUGGGCCUCCUCAUCUCCGGCUAUCCCCUGGGCGAGGACCUCUCCGGUGGCGUCCACUCCGCCGGUCUGCUGGGCAGCUAUGCCGGAGGCCUGACUGGCGGGGAGGCCCUCUCCAAGCUGGACUUUAGCUCCGAGGUGUCCUCCCACGAGUUUGGAGGCGUCUCUGACGGUGACCAACUGGGCUCCCUGGGCGAUCACCUCAGUGAGGACCACUUCCCGGCCGACUACGGCAGCAGUGCGGACGGUGGCGAGGAGUACGCCGAGGCCAGUGAGAUCCACUCGCACUACGAGGAUCAUCACGAGGACGAGCACAAGCCGGUGCCCGGGAUCGAUCACGGCAAGGGCGCCUUCAGCUACAGCACCCUGUACGAGUUCAAGGACCGGGACGAGCACGAGAUCCACCAACUGCAGCACCAGGCCCUGGAGCAGCAGGUGGAGCACCAGCAGGCGGAGGUCCACCACCUGGAGAGUCACUCCGACCACGACCUGGGACUGGGCCAUCUGGAGGAGCUCUACUAGGACUGUGAUUGUCUAGAAAACCAAAUCAGAACCAGAACACCAUAUCCUAGCUAUUUUUUGUUUUUUUUUUUGUUAAAAGUUACAGAAAUAUUUAAAGACCAAAGUUGAGCUUGAAGGCUUGCAGAAAUAAUAAAGUUUAUAUUUAAAAAAGUAAAUUUCUUA